AUGGGCGGGGAGCGUGCCAGGGCCCCGCGGAGGGGGAAGCGGCCCAGCCUCCCGCCGCCCGGAAAUCCCCCCUGCGCUUGGCCUGCCGAGCGUCCUGGGGUCUCCGGGAAGGGCGGCUGGGGGAAGGGGAGGACCCCGAGCCGCCCCUCCCCCGGGCCCGGCUUCGAGUAUCUGAGAAAGCAGAAGCGAGCGGCGCUCCGGAGAGUCCCACCGGAGCCGGGAUCUGGGAAGAGAAACUUGCGGCCGGGGCUGGGGCCGCGCCCUGCUAUCUGUGAAGCGCUCGGAGGACCCCCCCCGCCCCGCCUGGUCUCUCUGGAAGACCGAAGAUCCGGCCCUUUCCCCAGCUGCGCCGUCUUCGCCUAUCCGGAGGAGGAGCCGUCGGCGCGGACAGGACCGGCCCGCAUCCCCGAGAGGCGGCCGUCGCGGACCCGGAGCCCGAGCUUCCGCCCCCUUCCCGCACCCUCUCAACUCUGCCGGCCCUCCGCUGGACGCCCCUGUGCCCCCCGCAUCGUGCCUCCCAGGGUCCCGGAUCCCCAAGCGGACCCCCAGCCCUCGCCCACUCCUCGUAUCCGGCGCCGGGUCCCCUGA